AUGAAUUCGCACGUGGUUGAUCAGCACCAUGAUGCUGAGAAGCACUCCUCGCCAUCGCUAAAGGAAAAUGACGAUGCCACAUCCACCGAUGGCUACGAGUGCGAGUUUACUGAGCGCGAACAACGGAAGAUCAUCCAUCGCAUUGAUCGCCGUCUUGUUGUCACAGUCGGAGUGCUGUACUGUGUUUCGCUGAUGGACCGUACCAACCUGAGUGCUGCGGCUAUUGCGGGAAUGAACGCUGAACUCAAGCUCAAUGUCCUCCAAGGCACUAUUUCGCGUUACUCGAUUGUCACCAUUGUCUUUUUCGCAACCUACAUUGUUUUCCAACCACCUGCCACUGUAAUCGUCCGAUACCUGGGGCCACGAAACUUCCUCUCUUUCAUUGUCGUCGCAUGGGGCUCUGUGAUGAUUGGCAUGGGCUUUAGUCCAGACUACGGCACGCUUGCUGCACUUAGAGUACUUCUCGGUAUAUUAGAGGCCGGAUUCUUCCCCAGCUGCGUCUACCUCCUGUCAACCUGGUAUACUCGAUACGAUAUUGGAAAGCGAUAUUCCUGUUUUUACAUCCUUGGAAGUCUGGCCUCAGCAUGCGCAGGUAUUCUGGCUUACGGACUUAUGCAAUUGAAGGGACGCGAGGGUCUCAACGGCUGGCGAUGGAUUUUCAUCAUUGAGGGAGCUCUGACAUGCUGCCUUGGUAUUAUCGGUUGGUGGGCUCUUGUUGACUUCCCUGACAAGGCCCACAAGUCUUGGAGGUUCUUGAACGCGCGUGAAGUGAAAUUCAUCAUCGAUCGUGUUGACAGAGACCGUGGUGAUGCGAAGCCAGAAGCUUGGUCAUUGGCCAAGUUCUUCAGGGGUGGCGCUGAUCUCAAGAUUUGGGGUUUUGCAAUGAUCUUUUUCAACACGACCACCGUGACUUACGCUCUUGCAUACUUCCUGCCGAUCAUCCUGACUGAGAACAUGAGAUUCAGCAUCGGUGCAGCACAGUGCCUCGUUGCACCGCCGUACGCUUUCGCCGCAAUUGUCAUGUACGCAACUGGUUGGGCGGGUGACAAGUACCAUCUACGUGGACCGGUCAUCAUCUUCAACAUGGUUCUCUGCCUCAUCGGGCUUCCAAUCAUGGGCUUCCACAGUAACUCCAACGUUAGGUACUUCGGCGUGUUCUUGACCACUGCUGGCGCCAACAGCAACGUCCCUGCCACCAUGUCUUACCAAGCGAACAACAUCCGCGGACAGUGGAAACGCGCUUUUUGUUCCGCCACUUUAGUGGGCAUGGGUGGAGUCGGGGGUGUGGCUGGGGGUCUGGUGUUCAGAACGCAGGACAAGCCUGGCUACCGACCAGGUCUGUACGCCUGUAUCGCGUGCUGCCUGCUCACGCUUGUUAUUGUUUGCCUCAUCACCUUACGCAGUUGGUCGUUGAACAAGCGGGCUGAUCGCGGGGAGCUUGAACUGGAGUACAACGAUGAUGGUGAUCAAAAGGGCUUCAGGUAUACUUACUAG